GCAGAACAUCCCGUUUGUGUAGUUAAAUAAUUGUCUGCAUAACAAUUACAUCAAGCGUGACAUGAUACGCCUUAUUACGAGAGGAAAAGUGAACCAAACACCACUGUCACAAGCACACCGUGGGAGUGUGUGCAGUCAGGAAGAGUAAACGUUGCUUCCGUAAUACAACCAUAACAAACAAGCACGUGCAAAGUUCAUAUCAAAAUAAUGUGAAUGAAAAUUGUUUCAAAUGAGCUAUUUGUAUUUAUGUAUUUAGAAUAUCUCGGCAUUGGGGCACGAAAAAGUAAAAGCUAAGAAUUAUUACUUACGAUAGUGAGUUAGGCUGCUGCAGUGCAAACAGUUGUCGAUUCUGCUGUUGAUAUGGAAAACUGAGUCACCUGUAGUUGCUCUCCGAUCAUAUGACUGUUUGAAGUACUGAAUUCCGUUACUUGGAUUUGUUUACUGUUCAUUCUGUUGGUAUCUGGACACUGAGGACGUCUCUGAACGGCUUGUCAAAAGAGAAAGAGGGAUGUCGUAUGAACAAGAUGAAGAUGACCAAUAUGCUCCAGGGUAUGACGUUGGUUCGUUUCCUAAAGAUUUUGGAUAUGGUCCCUUCGAUCAGGAUGGCGAUGGUCCCCCAGGCCCUCUGGCUGGUGAGCAGAAACCGAGAAUAUUGCUGAUGGGCCUUCGGAGGAGUGGUAAAUCUUCAAUACAAAAGGUGGUCUUCCACAAAAUGUCACCCAACGAGACACUAUUUCUGGAGAGUACAAACAAGAUCAUUAAAGAUGACAUUUCAAACUCAAGUUUUGUGCAGUUCCAAAUAUGGGACUUUCCUGGUCAGAUUGAUUUUUUUGACCAGUCAUUUGAUUCUGAUAUGAUAUUUGGAGGGUGUGGAGCUCUGGUUUUUGUUAUAGAUGCUCAGGAUGAUUACAUGGAAGCACUGAUGAAAUUAAAUCUUACUGUUACAAAAGCCUUCAAAGUUAAUCAGAGCAUUAAAUUUGAGGUUUUCAUUCAUAAAGUAGAUGGAUUAUCAGAUGAUUAUAAGAUGGAAACACAGAGAGAUAUUCAUCAGAGAGCUAACGAUGAUCUUGCAGAUUCAGGAUUUGAUCAGAUUCACUUGAGUUUUCAUCUGACUUCUAUUUAUGAUCACAGUAUAUUUGAAGCAUUCAGUAAAGUUGUACAAAAGCUGAUUCCACAAUUACCAACAUUGGAAAAUCUGUUGAAUAUAUUGAUUUCGAAUUCUGGAAUUGAAAAAGCCUUUCUUUUUGAUGUUGUGUCGAAGAUAUAUAUAGCAACUGAUUCUUCUCCAGUUGACAUGCAGAGCUAUGAACUUUGCUGUGAUAUGAUUGAUGUUGUUAUAGAUGUCUCUUGCAUUUAUGGCCUCAGAGAUGACACAGAUGCAGCAGCAUUUGAUUCUCAGAGUUCAAGCUUAAUUAAACUUAAUAAUGGUACUAUUUUGUACUUAAGAGAAGUGAAUAAGUUCCUAGCUCUAGUGUGUAUACUAAGAGAAGACAACUUUGAUAGACAAGGGGUAAUUGACUACAAUUUUCUUUGCUUCCGAGAAGCCAUACAGCAAGUAUUUGAAUUGAGAAAUAAGAGCCAGGCAUUAGGAAAUACAACAAACAGCCAUGUAGCAAACCAUGUGAAUAGCCUGUCAGCAGGCAUGGAACAGCCACAAGUAAAUGGUGCCAAUAUGAAAAGCUGAGGCAGUAAACGGAGUCUGCAAGGAUUGAAACAGGCAAGGGCAUAUGGAAGAUGAAGGUAAUGCUUACAAGGAUAUCUUGCAUCACAGUUUAUUGUACUUUGCCCCUGUUAAGUGUACUGUUAAAAUAUUGUUUCGGGCAUUCUAGUCUAGGAAUGCAGUUUAAGAACCAACAAGAAGAAUGUGGCAUGUGACAGAAUUUGCUGAUCUGCAAGUAUGCCAUGCAUUCUCGUAAGUUUUUUUAGACAUAAAACAUUGUUGUGUGUUGCCAUACAAGGGGCACAGUGAAUGUCUUAUUUCUUCGUUACAUAUCUGAUCGCGUUGCUAAAAUAUGUACAUACUACAGAGUGCAGAGAUAAUUUUAUAUUUUAAGAACAGCUGACAAGACACUUAUUUUUAAAAAUUUGCCUUCUUAGAGAGGAAAAAAUAAGGCUGUAUCAGAUUUGUAGAAUAUUGUGUGUUGAUAGGCACUAUAAACUAGCUAAUUUUAAGAAUUUUGCAGUUAUUUUAUAUGCUAUUUAUAGACUUCUUGUAUAAGAUGUUAAACUGAAAGACUUGUUUUCAAAAAUAAAUAUAAAGAAAUGUUUUAGUAUGAUCAAAGUUGUUUGUUUAGUAAUCUCCUGUGUCAUUAAGAAAUAUGAGAGGAUCUGUGACACAAUAAAAACAUAAAUUUCAUUGCUUAAACAGAUAUUAGAUUUUGUGGCACUGUGCCAUUAUUCAGUUCUCACUACUAUAGCAUUGUCAGUACAGGAGGAUCUAUAAAUUCAAAUCUGAAACAUAAUGGAGGACUGAUUUAUAUUCAGUAUUGUUUAUAAACAACACUGAUGAAAUGUGUUUCUGCAUAAUUUAUUACAUCUUAGCAUGAAAAAGUAAACUGGUAGUGAAGUUUUUACAUUUACAUUAUUUGUCUGGGGCAACUCUGCUGGAGAAGAACUUUCAGUGCUGAUUAGCAUUUCACACACCAUGUGUGCCAAUCGCUUCUGUCAUAAAUAUUGCAAUAUUUUAUAGAUUGUUCAUUUACUACUUCAUUUUGUAUCACCUCAUGUAAUAAAUUGUUGUACAAUGCAACUGUAUAUAGAAUUAACGGAAUUUGUUAUUGCUCACUUUACAAAACUCUUAGCAUUGAAGAACAUAAAAUUUGUGAUAGAAAGUUGCACUGACUAUUUAUUUUUCUGAUUCUUAUGGAAAAUCCUCACUAGUCAUUUGGGAGCUAAUUUGAUCACCACAUUGUGUGACUGUUGUGUAAUUGUGUAUAGAUAGUGAUGCUUUGAAAGGGAGAACUAUUGCAAUAUGUUUAACAUUCACACUGCCUCUGCUGUCUUAUAUCUGUAAAUCACUCUGUUGCAAAUACAUGGUAGGAUAAACGAAUGUCUAUGUAAUUUUAGUUUAUAAGCACAUCUGUGACCACAAUACUAUUGCACUUGGCCUCCCGUGGCUGUUGUCAGAAACAUGUGGUGACAUUACAGUAAACAAGUGCUGUGGUGAGUAAGGAAAACACAUUACACUGCGAUUGAUUCCAAGACAGUUGUGCAUAUUCUGUUAUGUGUUUCAGCAUGUCCUCUUGAAACAACAUUAAAAAAUCUCACAAUAACGAUAUAUUUUAUUCUUUUAGUUCAUGGGUUUUAUCUUGUAGUAAUGUCUUUCAUAUUUAUAACUGCCGAUUAAUUGAUUCAUGAUCCUGUAAUUUUUCAGCAGUCAGUUUUAGUGACCAAGAAACCAGUCCCACAUGCUACUAAGCAUCCAUUUCACUUAAAUAAAAAUGGCACACACACACACACACACACACACACACACACACACACACACACACACACACACACA